AUCAGUGUAUACUCUUAUAUUAUCGCGACGAUCAAUUAAAAUUGGUUAUAUCGAUUUUUCGCGCGACGUUUUAAGGUUCAAGGUUCUCCAAGGGUCUCACGAAAGGAUUUCAACUGUUGCAACCUGGUCCCAGGGGAUGAUGGUCCCAUUGUAAUCGUAUUUAAUCGUAUUUUCUAAGAUGAGAUGAGAGUUUAACGAUUUAAGAGGCACAGACACGAGAAGAGGAUUGAACAGAUAAAAAAUGUGAGCUGGUUAAAAAGAUAUAAAACAAAGCAGAGAAAUGGCAUUGACGAUCGUCCCCUCGGCCCGCGUUUUUAAUGGAAACGUCGCAGGCACGCAGGCUUAUGUUUCCGGCUCAAAAUGUCUCUGUUGUCCAUACGGUUAUCACAUCGAUCUAGAUUUCGUACGUUACUGUGAAGCAGUUGCAGCUGGUAGUACAGGCGAUAGAUCGAGCAUCGAGAGACGAAAGAAACGUGAACGCAGAAGACAAUGUCAAUCGAUGGAAGUUCUCUUAGGACUGGUGAGUCCAGGUCUAGCGGGAAUAGAGACCGAAUCGCCAGAAAUAUCACGAGAAUCUUCGGGGUUAGCCACGUUGGCGACUACGUCUACGACGAGAAACAAUUGCGAUGGUUCGAGUACUAUACCAAGAUCGAGCCAUCAUCAACGGCAUCAUCAACGUAUGGAUGAUAACAGGGACGAAUCCAGGACUAAUACUACUACUACUGCUACUACUACUACUAGUAUUACUGCUACUGCUACUACCAAUACCACCACAACCUUGGAUUUGAGUGAUGUAGUAGGUGAUUUCGAGGCAACCUUGAAACGUUCGUCAGGUAGAGGAUCUACGAGAAUUCGCGAGGAUCGUCCUGAGAUCGAUGGAACGACAAAGACAACGCCAGUUGUGCAACCAACAACGCGUACGAAUGAUCUCGAUGAUGCCAGCAUCGGAAGUAUUAAUUCAAAUCUCAGUACUGGUGCAUUACAGAACAUUCGUGAACAGAUGGCAGCAUCUUUGGAGAGAAUGAGAGAGUUGGAGGAACAGGUCAAGGCAAUUCCCAUGCUAGAGGUGCAAUUGUCGGUAUUGAAAGAAGAGAAGAGGAAUCUUUUGCGACGAGUCGAGGAGCUGAGUAAAAAGAAUUCCAAGGAGGAAAAGAAGAGGGAGAUAAAGGAGGUGAAGGAGAUGAAGAAGGUAGAGAAAAAGGAGAGGGAAAAGGAGAGGGAAGAGGAUACGACGGAAGGAAUAGUGGAGGAGAUUAUUGAAACUCAAAAGAGAUAUCGUAGUCAGUCGUUCUCGGAAGAACGAAAUUCUUGGCGCGAGCCGAAAAGGAACAAUGAAUAUCGUAAUGGUUAUGGUUGGUGGUACGGUGCCGUCAAUUCGACGACGCCUACAACGAGGGAUACCGGAACGAUGUGCGCCGUCAUGACGCGGGACGUCGGAGUUUCGCACCAGCAGAUUCGAACGCGUGACGUUGGUAUGUUAACGAGUACACCGAUAAAACCGUGUUUAGAAAGAAGUCGAAUUCGAAUCGAAGAGAUAUUACCUGAUUUUAAUGACACGAGUAAUAGUACAAGAAUGACAUCGACGAGAUUACGUUCGACAGAACAAAUGAAUAAUUAUUUGAAACGUAAUAUAACUCGUAAUAAUCAAGGAACUAUGAUCGAGGAUAAUGAUACGUCGUUAGAAAUGAAGAUAGAUAAACAAUAUAACAAAAUAUUAAUAAACCCACUUCAGAUUGAAACUAAUUCAUCAUAUAACAGUGUAGACGACGAUAGUAAGAUAUAUAGAAAAAUUCGUGAAUUUGGUACGAAUACGGAUAGUCCAUUGAAGAGAUUAGAACGUGCACGUUUUCUCGUUGAGGAUAUAGCACCAGUGAUCGUUAAUAAGAUCGAUAAGAGAUCAUACGGUACGAUUACGAAUAUAACGAUGAAGGAUGUAUUGACGAACGAGGAUGUGACCGUGAUAGUAGACGAUGCUCUUAGAAUUUAUAAAAAUACUGUAUUAAAGAAGACAUCGAACAGGGGUACACAAUGUAUCGAGGAAAUAAAAAGGAUCAUUGAUAAGAAAGAUCAAAGGGUACAAACGACUAAUGAAUUGUCCUCGUCAUUGAUUAAAUUUAAAUCUAACAUUGGCAUUAUGGCUAAACCAAGAUCAACGGAUGUUGGAUUAGAAGUUAGAAUAUAUCCUGAUACAAGAACGAUAGCAGUAGGUCCUGAUCCACUUACGAUACGUAAUAUUUCAUUGAAUUCGAUUAACUCUAGAAGUCAUUCGUUCAAUUAUGGUGAUAAUAUUAAUAAAAGGAAAAUCAGGACGAUGAAAUCGAUCGGCAUUAUGGCCGAUGAUAUAAUCAAAAUGGCGAAUAAAUCUUUAGAUACCGACGAUUUAUUACCGAAGAAACGUGAUUUUGGUACGUCGCCGAUAAAGAAGAAAUUUAUUGACGUAUCGGUCGGUGAUUCGAUAAAACCACAUAUAUUAAUAUCAUGCGGUACGAAUUAUUGUGAUAAUUGUAAGGAGACAAUCAAAUUGUUGGCUAAACAAAUAACCAAUAAUAACGUUGAGAAUAAUAUGAAUCAUCAGAAUGCCAAUUUAGUUUCGAGGAUACCAAGGCCAUCUCAUAUAGCUCUUAAUACUUCUGAUCAUAAGAAAUUCAGGAGACAGGACACCUAUACCAAAAUACCGGCCACCGGUAUUAUUCGUUACGAUUCGGAUAAUAAGGAACAGUACGAUAGCAGUAAUCGCCUUCGACAAUUGGAAACGGAGAAGGAAAGAAAUGACAAAUCUAUGUCGGAGGACAUAUCUCAGGAUCAGCCAGAAAAAGGUGUUGAAAAUGAUGAGAAACAAGAGCUACCUGAGUCAGCUCUCUUUCAGCCUAUUCAAGAUGAUCCAAGAAAGAAAGUGGAACCUUCUAAAGAAAUGCAAGCCGCCAUGAAAGUACUCAAUGAUAGUUUUAAAAAGUCACCUAGUAGAAAUGUUACGCCACAGAUUAAAAAUGCAACCAAUAUAAUACAACAGGAAUGGUUUAAAAUAUCUAGUACGGCCAAUGCCAAUCCAUUGGACGUUGAAGAUUAUUUGGAUUGUUUUGAGGAAUAUUCUAGUACCUUGCUAGAAUAUAUUGUAAAUAUGAUUGAUUCCAGUGGUAACACUGCUAUGCAUUAUGCAGUUUCUCAUGGAAACUUCGACGUAGUUUCCAUACUUUUAGAUUCCAAAGUGUGCGAUAUCAAUAAAGCAAAUGUGGCUGGAUAUACCGCUGUAAUGUUAGCUGCUUUGGCAGAAGUUAAAAAUUCUACUCAUGCUUCAGUAGCAAACAGAUUGUUUCAGCUUGCCGAUGUCAACAUUAGAGCCAAAUUGCACGGACAAACAGCAUUAAUGUUGGCAGUGUCUCAUGGAAGAAAGGAUAUGACACAAUUGUUAUUAGACGCAGGAGCCGCUAUUAAUAUUCAGGACGAAGACGGUAGUACGGCUUUAAUGUGUGCAGCUGAACAUGGACAUACCGAUAUAGUACGAAUACUUCUUGCUCAUUCAGAAUGCGAUUCAUCGAUUGUCGAUAUAGAUGGUAGUUCUGCUCUAAAAAUUGCAUUGGAAGCUGGUAAUAGAGAUAUCGGUGUUUUACUUUAUGCACAUGAGCACGUUAACAGAGGUACUAGCCCAUAUUCCUCAAUAAGACGAAAUAGAAGAGGUUCUAAACCUACAACGCCAACUGGCCCUUCUCCUUCCGCUCCUGUUAGUCCAGCACCCUCCCGAAGGAUGCAUUCAUCAACGGUUUCCCUUAACACGUCAAAAUAUUCCGCGAAAUAACAGAGGAGCAUUUGGAGGCUGUUAACAAAGUUUGGUAAGAAAAAAGAUUAAAAUACUUACCGUUAAUUGCCUCGUUAAUUAUAAUAAUAAUAAUUCGAGGUAAAAUGGGAGAUAUGAUCGAUGUCUUUUUUGAUAAUAUAUAAUAUCAAUUCGUUUAAUCGAAAUUAAAUGAUAUAUUCUUGAUUGACAAGAAUCUAUAUGUAAGAAUAAAUUUCAUCAGGUGUAUUGUAACAUAACGAAUUUAAAAUAAAUGCUCAACUUUUUUUUUUUGUACAUAUCUAUUUAGAUAAUGGUUGAGCUAUUAAUAUUAUCGUGAUUGGAUUUUAUAGAAAUAUGGAGUUGCACAAUUUUUCAGGUGCUAUCAAUUGUUUUCUACAGAUAUUUAAUAAUAAACAUAUCCAAGUAUGAGUUUUCAUAUCAAAUUUUACAAUGUUUUAUAAUAACAUAAAUCUGGGAACAUAAAUGUAGAGAGAAAGAUUGAAGAAUAUCAGAGUUUUAACGUGUUUCCAAAAUUAGGGAAAAAAGAAAAGAAAAAAGGAUUAAGUACAAAGUAUCCCUCGAUGCGGAGUUAGUUAAACGUGCCACGGUUAUAAAACUAAAAGGGAGAAAAGAUUUUUAAAGAGGGGGGGGGGCAUAAAAAAAGAAAAAAAAAAGAAAAACAAAAAAAAAGAAAAAGGAAAAAGGAAUCGUCUUCCAGCGAGCUGUGGCUCUAAAACAUUCCAAAAUUAUCGAUUUAAAAAAUAAAAAAAAUGAGCAAAAGAAAAGAAAGAAAAAAAAACAAAAGAAAAGUAAAAAAGACGAAACGAAUAAUAUAUCACAUUCUCUUCGCGAAAUUCUUUCUUUUUACCAUACUUUUUACGUAAUCUCCAUAUUCUUUAGGCCUAAUCGCCGUAGAUCCUUGAAAACUGAAAGAGUAUAUAAUUAUAAUGAAGGUAAAAUAAAAUAAAAUAAAAUAAAAUAAAAGAACUAGAAAGUGAUAAAAAUAAUAAUAAUAAUAAUAAUAAUAAUAAUAAUAAUAAUAAUAAUAAAUGGUGCAGAAAAAAGUAAAAAGAGCAUAAGAACUUUUUAAAAGUGUACAAAAGAACCUCGCGCGUAGAAGAAACGUCAAUAGGGUGUUAACUCGUAAGUGUAUUUAAUUCAUUAAGAAAAUUCAUAUACACAAGCAUAUAUAUAUAUGUGUAUAUAUAUAUAUAUAUAUGUUUGUUAUCAACAAUUGUUUAAUAAUAAUCGUCGCACACAGUCGAAUUUAUAAUAAAAAAAAAAGUAAAAAAAUAAAAUAUAAUAAAAUUAAAUAAAAUAAGGAUAGAAGAUAUACGCACGUAUGCACGCACACGCAUACACAUACAAGCACACAAACACACAAACAUGAGCGCGCGCGCAAUAAACGAUGAAUAAUCUAAUAAAACGUGUAUAAUAAGAAAUAAAGAGGGUUUUACGUUAAUUUAGAUGAUCGAUCAGUAAAAUAUGAUAUGACUGAAACGAUUUUCAUUGUAGAAUUGUGAAUAAACGGAUACGUUUGAAAA